AUGAACGAUCAAACAGCUGGGCGUGGGGCCAUGCGGUCUGACUCCGAGGGCGUAUCGGCAGCAUCGCCAAACAACAACCCCAAGACGAGGAAGAGAGGUGUUCGUGCCGGGGCAGACCAAGUUGCCGGCCGGCGGGAGAAACUCAGCAAUGCACAACCCUCGACUGUUCCUGCGGUGCGCGGUGCCUUGGAGAUUCCAGGACAUCGCCUGCUGCCUCAGCAGUUGGCAACCGACGAAGCAAGCCCCCUCUUGACGCAGGGAUGGCAAGACCUGCCCAUUUACGACAGCGAGACCGGCCCGUGGGGACCUGGCAAACCGUUAACCGAUGAUGGAACAUGGGGAAAGGGCCUCGCGCUCUCGGAUGAGGACUUGGAGAAUUGGAAGACUGCGUCGUGGGAGAGCUACAAUCCUCCUUUGGUCAAACGCCCCCCCAAGGGCAGCGGAAGACGGCGAACCAAGAACGGACCUGCCACCCCCAGCAAGGCCAGCAAAAGUGCCAGCAACGCAACCCCUCCAGCCAAGAUCACAAAAAAGAGAAAGGGCGUGGUCACUGAUGACGAAUGUGAGACUGUGGAGAAGCCCCCAAAGAGACGGAGAGCGGAGCGGAACUUACAGCCACCACCACGUACCGUUCGCACCAACUUGCAGGCCAAGACGCGGUCGGGCUGA